AUGAACAGAGACAGCUCCUUUUCAAAGAGCCUCAGGGAAGAUACUCAGAAAUCAGAGAAGAAAUACAAGGCCUUCAGGGAUAUUUCCAAAUACUUCUCUAAGAAAGAGUGGGCAAAGCUGAGCCAUUCGGAGAAAAUUACCUAUGUGUAUUUGAAAAGAAACUACACCACCAUGACUAGUCUAGGUCUUAGAGCUACCCUUCCUGCUUUCAUGAGUUCUAACGGACAGAUCACAGAAUCUCAGAGCGAUGAUUCUGAUGAAUAUCGCAACCGUGGGAGUCAAGAUGAAUCGCCUGAGAGUGCUUCUGGCAUACUACAGAGAAAACGCCAGAAGAUGCCCAAGAAGCCAGCAAGGGAAGAAAAUGAUCCGAAGGGAGUGCCAGAAGCAGUUGGUUCAGAACAGGCUCAGAGACAACUAUACCCACUGGGAAAAGCAAGUACUUCUGGGAAUCAAAGUGAGAAGGUAUCAGGACCCAGGAAGAAGAGUGUGAGUAUCUGGAGUCACAGGUUGCGGGAAAGGAAGUAUCUCGUGGCAUAUGAAGAGAUUAGCGACCCUGAGGAAGAUGACUGA